AUGAAAAUCUAUUUUUGUGGUAGCAUUCGCGCGGGUCGUAGCGAUGCAGAACUGUACGGAGUUUUGAUCAAAAAACUUGGAGCUUACGGAAAAGUCCUUACUGAACAUAUUGGACUUCUGGAACCGUGGAAUGCACCACAUCUAAGCAAGUUUUCAUUAGGACAAGGCGACUUGGAGAAAGACAAAGAGAUACACAGAACCGAUAUGGAAUGGCUGCAUUCAGCAGACGUAGUGAUUGCGGAAUGUACAGUGCCAUCAAUUGGAGUUGGCUUUGAACUUGGUGUUGCAUACAAACUUGGGCUUCCAACGUUAGCUUUGUUCCGACAAAAUCCCAAUGUUAUCGGUUUAUCGGCGAUGGUACGUGGUGUUUCCACGGACAACUGGGAAGUAUUUGAAUACAAAGAACCGGAAGAGCUAAAUGCAGUGUUCGAAAAGUUUUGUACCAAGUAUAAGCCACAAACUACAGCAAAAUAA